AUGGAUCACACUCAACCCAUGCACAUUGAUACGAAGGCAAUUCCACGCAGUGAGGCGUCGUCUCUACUUCACGAUACACCAGAAGUCCGGCCAUACCAAGCAUACUGCGACACGGAGAUUCCAUCAUGUCCGCCAAGUCCAGAGAAUCUCGCCCCAAGUCCGUUACGGGUGAGGAAGGUCUAUCUAGAGCAGAUAGACAUGAGUGCGCAAGCCUCAAUUAUAGACGCCUCUGAACAAGAAAUCUCUUUAACUCGAGUUGCGACAUCCGGUCCGGACAAGCAAGUCGAUUUUUCCAGAUCAAUUCCAAUGGGAAGUCAUAUUGGGAAACAGAACCAGAGAAUGGAUCAAAGGAGUUUUCUUGGAAUUACUUCGUCAGCAACUUCAGAUCAUCCCACACAGCCUAUCAACCUACGCGGCAGUCACUCACCAAGUGACGAUGAGGUGACCGCGUACGACUCUGAAUCGGCAAUUGCACGGGUGCAACCGCCGGAACACAUUGAUCGUGUGACGGAGCGUACUAUACCACGGAGACCAGUUCCUGAGAAUAUGGGAGUAUUGGGGAUAACCUAUCGUCCUUUGCCUCAGGUACCGUUGGAAAAAGUCCAGCUCGAAAGUCAGGAUCGAUCACAAUCGACAUCCGAGCAUGUAUGUGCACAAUGUCCACUACGAACAAUGGAACCAACGGACGAAAGAAUGGAGGAAAGAGACGGCAAAAUAUAUCUAAGAUACCGCCAUGGUGUCCACGAUGCCACCGUUGGCCUAUCGGAUCAAUUCGAAGACAUAAAUCUCGAAUCCCCAAACGCCCAGCUGCCACCUCAAAUCCCGGAACCAGCCUUCCAGACACGCUUUCACCGGCGUAGCCAUGAACUCUUCUUCCAAGUCCCCUCAUAUACGCGACCACAUCCCGCGCCCUUACUCCAUUCCUCAACGGAUCUCCAAAACGGUCCGCGCCCACCCCCCUGGGGCACCUACGACGACCUCGCCCUGCAACGCCGUCAACGCAAUGAACGCAGAGGAAGGACAUAUAACACCCCAGUAACCAUAGUGCAGGGAACCACCCUGACGCAUCAACAGACGUUGUCUGUUGUGGAUGGGGGUGAAGGGCUUUCGAGGGAGGUGAAUGAGUAUCGAGAACAGAUACUCCGCGUGUAUCCUGACAUGGCAUUUGAUGGACACGCAGGGGAAGGUGGGCGGGAGUUUCGGUGUUGUGUGGUUAUGUGA